AUGGAAAUGCAGGAUCUAGCCAGCCCACAUAGCCGACUAAGUGGUAGUAGUGAAUCACCCAGUGGUCCAAAACUUGAUAACUCCCAAAUAAAUAAUAAUUCCAUGACACCUAAUGGCACAGAAGGUGACAUGACCCUCCUCAGCACUGCAGACUGGCUGCUAAGCCCUAGCACACAGACCCCCACAGGUUUGGGUGUUAAAACAGAACCAAUGAGCAGCAGUGAGAUUGCUACUACUACUACCACAGACGGGUCUUUAGACAAUUUCUCAGGAUCAGCAAUUGGAAGCAGUGGUUUCAGCCCAAGACAAACACACCAGUUCUCCCCACCACAGAUUUACCCUUCCAAACCCUACCCACAUAUUCUUCCUACCCCCUCGUCACAAACGAUGGCUGCAUAUGGGCAGACACAGUUUACAACGGGGAUGCAACAAGCUACAGCUUAUGCCACUUACCCCCAGCCUGGCCAACCUUAUGGAAUCCCUUCAUAUGAUUUGCUGUCACUAACUGAUUUAGGUGCAUUGUGGGCAGGCAUCAAGACAGAAGGUGGAUUGGCACAGUCACAGUCACCUGGACAGACAGGAUUUCUGAGCUAUGGUGCCAGCUUUAGCACGCCUCAACCUGGACAGGCUCCCUAUAGCUACCAGAUGCAAGGCAGCAGUUUUACAACGUCAUCAGGAAUAUAUGCAGGAAAUAAUUCGCUCACAAAUUCUACAGGAUUUAACAGCUCACAGCAGGAAUAUCCCUCUUAUCCCAGUUUUGGACAGGGCCAAUAUGCACAGUAUUAUAAUAGCUCACCAUAUCCUUCACAUUACAUGACAAACAGCAACACCAGCCCAACAACACCCUCCACAAAUGCAACAUACCAGCUUCAAGAACCACCAUCUGGCAUCACCAGUCAAGCGGUUACAGAUCCUGCAGCAGCAGAAUACAGUACAAUCCACAGUCCAUCAACACCCAUUAAAGAUUCAGAUUCAGAUAGACUACGUCGUAGUUCAGAUGGGAAAUCACGUGGACGUGGCAGAAGAAACAAUAAUCCUUCACCACCACCUGACUCUGAUCUAGAGAGAGUAUUCAUUUGGGAUUUGGAUGAGACAAUCAUCAUUUUCCAUUCCUUGCUUACAGGGUCCUAUGCUAACCGAUAUGGAAGGGAUCCACCCACUUCCGUGUCUCUUGGUCUCCGAAUGGAAGAGAUGAUUUUCAACUUGGCAGACACGCAUCUAUUCUUUAAUGAUUUAGAAGAAUGUGACCAAGUUCACAUUGAUGACGUGUCUUCAGAUGACAAUGGUCAAGAUUUAAGCACCUAUAACUUUGGAACAGACGGCUUUCCUGCAGCUGCCACCAGUGCAAAUUUGUGCCUCGCAACGGGGGUGCGUGGAGGAGUAGACUGGAUGCGAAAAUUGGCUUUCCGCUACAGACGAGUAAAAGAAAUAUAUAAUACCUACAAAAAUAAUGUUGGAGGUCUACUUGGUCCUGCAAAAAGAGAGGCUUGGUUACAACUAAGAGCAGAAAUUGAAGCUUUGACGGAUUCUUGGUUAACACUUGCACUGAAAGCACUCACCCUUAUUCACUCGAGGACAAACUGUGUCAACAUUCUGGUAACAACUACUCAACUAAUUCCAGCUCUGGCAAAAGUCUUGUUGUAUGGACUAGGGGUUGUAUUUCCCAUUGAGAAUAUUUACAGUGCAACUAAAAUAGGAAAGGAAAGUUGUUUUGAGCGAAUAAUUCAAAGAUUUGGAAGAAAAGUAGUAUAUGUUGUUAUAGGGGAUGGUGUCGAAGAAGAACAAGGCGCAAAAAAGCAUGCUAUGCCAUUUUGGAGGAUCUCGAGCCACUCUGACCUUAUGGCCCUUCACCAUGCCUUGGAACUGGAGUACUUGUAG